AUGCCAGUGAAAUGUCCCCAUCGAGUUGCACCUCGAUCCCAAUAUUCAAGUAGCAGCACCUUCGUACCUACGCUCUUUAAAAGUAAUGCCAACGGCAUUGACUCAGAAGUAGAAGGAUCCACCGGUGAAGGCCGACAAGCCUUAGCAUCACAUCCUCGUAGCACUGAAAUGUUGUCGACUGCGCAAAACGAAAACUCGAACGCACAGAAGGUCAGGAACCGAAAGCUCGUUCUAGAUAUUUCCACCCAGGAGACGCCUUUGAAACAGAAACACAUUCAGCCUCUGCUGAGGCGCCAGUCUCUGUAUUACAAGAUCUGGUUGACAAGAUUAUUGCUGAGCACAAUUUCACCACCUGGGAAGAUUUCACGGCAACAUGCGGCUGUUGAAGCAGAGGGCAAACAUGCAGCUGUUGAAGCAGACGGCAAACCUGCAGCUGCUGAAGCAGAUGGCAAACAUACGGCUGUCGAGGCAUACGGCAAACAUGCGGCUGUUGAAGCAGAUGGCAAACAUGCAGCUGCUGAAGCAGACGGCGAACAUGCAGCUGCGGAAACACACGGCAAAGAUGCGGCUGCUGAAACAGACGGCAAAGAUGCGGCUGCUCAAGAAGACAAUGGAAGCGGGGUUUCUCAAGCAAACAAAGACAGCAAUCGAGAACAUUUCCAACAGAAAAAACAGGACGACGGAGAAUCCGAAGAUGGUAUAGCGUCUGAUGAAGCUAGAGAAAACGAUUCUUUCAUUGAAACUGGCGAAGCUACUGGAGCAGAAGACGCUGCUUCUUUCGGCGGCCGACAUUUUGCUCCAGCAAAGUAUUGUGCGCAUAUAGGCAAGGAUAUCAAGGUGGUUCCGGUUCCAUUCGAGAGUACAAUUGUACCUCUCAGAGAUGUUAAUGAAGCUGUACAGGAAAGAGAUCGCCAAGAAAUUCCCAUUCCGGAGAUUCCGAAGUUUGCGAAUGAAGCACAGUCAUCAUGGUUCGGACAACGGAAUCGUUUCAGAGGCGACGAUGUAAUCGACAAUCCAGACGAUGAGAUUCCCGAGGGGGCAUUCGAUUCACAGCAAUGGCUGGAUGACUUCAAUAAGUUCGAUGACACAGCAAUGGUAGAGGCUCUGGUUGGUCUUCUCUCAAUCUGCAGUGUUGCCCAACUGCGCGGUCUACUACUUAUUUUACGGAGAUGCCGACCUACGUUUAUCUGUGCUCUGCCGACUGAGAUUGCAGCACAAAUUAUUGCGUACUUUGAGCCUAGGGACAGAGACGUCCACCUGCUCGUUAAUCAGAACAAUGAUCGAUACUGGGAAGCACGAUGUCAGGAACUGCAGAUCGAGAUGCCAAGGACCAGAAAAUCUACUCAAGACGAAUGGGACAAAUGGCGGCAAAUAUUUAUACGGACGCGUUAUGCCAUCAAUUGGAGCUGGCGCUUCAUUGCACAGCCUAGACACAGGAUCAUCGAUUGCCACAAAAGCGAGGAGAUCACGUGUUUACGUUACGCUAGAAAUACAAUUUUAACCGCCAGUACUGACCACACGCUCCGACUUCACAACGCGAAAACUGGUAAGCUACUUCAUAUACUCGAAGGACACAAGAAUCAGGUUUGGUGUGCCAUGCUAAUGAAAACAAUCGCAAUUUCCGGAUCGUCGGAUGCCACUCUUAAAGUAUGGUCUCUUAAUAAAGGGAAAUGCAUUCGCACCCUCAUCGGACACCAACAAACCGUAAAAUGUCUGGAUGUGCAAAGGGACAGGGUAGCUUCCGGUUCUAGCGACAGUACAAUUCGCCUCUGGAAUCAUGUCACAGGCGAGUGUAUACGGGUGUUUGGUGGUCAGACGGGUCAUAUGAGCGAAAUCAACUGCGUCCGACUAAGUAAGGACGGAAAAACCAUCAUGUCCGCUGGGCAUGAUCGGCUGAUAAAAAUUUGGGGCGAUAGUCGAGACAGAUGUCUACGUAAUUUGGAAGGUCACACCGACAUAGUCUGCGCGCUAGAAUUCGACGCUGAACACAUUGUAUCAGCUGGCCUUGAUACAUCGAUCCGAGUUUGGGAUCGGACAGGCCACAACCUAUACGUCCUUUGGGGUCAUGAGGGUCCUACCCGAGCUUUGGUAUUAAGAGGCGAUAUGCUUGUGUCAGCAAACGCCGAUCACACCCUUCGACUAUGGAAUGUUCGACGUGGCAGUUGUGUACAGACGCUUGUUGGUCACGAAGGUGCGAUAUCAUCGGUGCAGGUAAACACAAACUUCAUUAUAAGCGCAUCGUACGAUGGCCGAGUAAAACUGUGGGAUCGACAAAGCGGUAAAUUCCUGCGUGAUCUAUUCAGCGUAAAGUAUUAUGGGCUAGAUCAGAAGCAGAAGCAAGGCGUACACCACAUCUGUGCCGAUAAUACUUCGCUUGUGGCAGCGUUCAGCACGGGCAUGGGAACAAGCCGCGACACCCGUCUUGGAGUACGUAUCAUGACGUGUCGUAACUGUGGUUGGCAUCGUUCACUGUCUAACGCUGUAAAAACGAUUGUUCCCCGCGCUAGGGGCGGAAAAAUUACGCAGCUGCAUGUUUGCCAUCUGCUUCAACAGCCGCAUGUUUGCCGUAUGCCUCGACAGCCGUAUGUUUGCCAUCUGCUUCAGCAGCUGCAGGUUUGCCGUCUGCUUCAACAGCUGCAUGUUUGCCCUCUGCUUCAACAGCCGCAUGUUGCCGUCUGCUUCAGCAGCUGCAUGUUUGCCGUCUGCGUCAGCAACUGCAUGUUUGUCGUCUGCUUCAACAGCCGCAUGUUUGCCGUCUGCUUCAACAGCCGCAUGUUUGCCGUCUGCUUCAAUAGCCGCAUGUUUGCCGUAUGCCUCGGCAGCUGUAUAUUCGCCGUAUGCCUGCUGUUGCGCCGUAUGCAUGCAGCUGCGGAAACACACGGCAAAGAUGCGGCUGCUGAAACAGACGGCAAAGAUGCGGCUGCUCAAGAAGACAAUGGAAGCGGGGUUUCUCAAGCAAACAAAGACAGCAAUCGAGAACAUUUCCAACAGAAAAAACAGGACGACGGAGAAUCCGAAGAUGGUAUAGCGUCUGAUGAAGCUAGAGAAAACGAUUCUUUCAUUGAAACUGGCGAAGCUACUGGAGCAGAAGACGCUGCUUCUUUCGGCGGCCGACAUUUUGCUCCAGCAAAGUAUUGUGCGCAUAUAGGCAAGGAUAUCAAGGUGGUUCCGGUUCCAUUCGAGAGUACAAUUGUACCUCUCAGAGAUGUUAAUGAAGCUGUACAGGAAAGAGAUCGCCAAGAAAUUCCCAUUCCGGAGAUUCCGAAGUUUGCGAAUGAAGCACAGUCAUCAUGGUUCGGACAACGGAAUCGUUUCAGAGGCGACGAUGUAAUCGACAAUCCAGACGAUGAGAUUCCCGAGGGGGCAUUCGAUUCACAGCAAUGGCUGGAUGACUUCAAUAAGUUCGAUGACACAGCAAUGGUAGAGGCUCUGGUUGGUCUUCUCUCAAUCUGCAGUGUUGCCCAACUGCGCGGUCUACUACUUAUUUUACGGAGAUGCCGACCUACGUUUAUCUGUGCUCUGCCGACUGAGAUUGCAGCACAAAUUAUUGCGUACUUUGAGCCUAGGGACAGAGACGUCCACCUGCUCGUUAAUCAGAACAAUGAUCGAUACUGGGAAGCACGAUGUCAGGAACUGCAGAUCGAGAUGCCAAGGACCAGAAAAUCUACUCAAGACGAAUGGGACAAAUGGCGGCAAAUAUUUAUACGGACGCGUUAUGCCAUCAAUUGGAGCUGGCGCUUCAUUGCACAGCCUAGACACAGGAUCAUCGAUUGCCACAAAAGCGAGGAGAUCACGUGUUUACGUUACGCUAGAAAUACAAUUUUAACCGCCAGUACUGACCACACGCUCCGACUUCACAACGCGAAAACUGGUAAGCUACUUCAUAUACUCGAAGGACACAAGAAUCAGGUUUGGUGUGCCAUGCUAAUGAAAACAAUCGCAAUUUCCGGAUCGUCGGAUGCCACUCUUAAAGUAUGGUCUCUUAAUAAAGGGAAAUGCAUUCGCACCCUCAUCGGACACCAACAAACCGUAAAAUGUCUGGAUGUGCAAAGGGACAGGGUAGCUUCCGGUUCUAGCGACAGUACAAUUCGCCUCUGGAAUCAUGUCACAGGCGAGUGUAUACGGGUGUUUGGUGGUCAGACGGGUCAUAUGAGCGAAAUCAACUGCGUCCGACUAAGUAAGGACGGAAAAACCAUCAUGUCCGCUGGGCAUGAUCGGCUGAUAAAAAUUUGGGGCGAUAGUCGAGACAGAUGUCUACGUAAUUUGGAAGGUCACACCGACAUAGUCUGCGCGCUAGAAUUCGACGCUGAACACAUUGUAUCAGCUGGCCUUGAUACAUCGAUCCGAGUUUGGGAUCGGACAGGCCACAACCUAUACGUCCUUUGGGGUCAUGAGGGUCCUACCCGAGCUUUGGUAUUAAGAGGCGAUAUGCUUGUGUCAGCAAACGCCGAUCACACCCUUCGACUAUGGAAUGUUCGACGUGGCAGUUGUGUACAGACGCUUGUUGGUCACGAAGGUGCGAUAUCAUCGGUGCAGGUAAACACAAACUUCAUUAUAAGCGCAUCGUACGAUGGCCGAGUAAAACUGUGGGAUCGACAAAGCGGUAAAUUCCUGCGUGAUCUAUUCAGCGUAAAGUAUUAUGGGCUAGAUCAGAAGCAGAAGCAAGGCGUACACCACAUCUGUGCCGAUAAUACUUCGCUUGUGGCAGCGUUCAGCACGGGCAUGGGAACAAGCCGCGACACCCGUCUUGGAAUCUUCUACUAUGACGUCAAUGAUUGUCCGGAAGGAGCGGAUCAGCGAGAAGCAAGUACAGGCUAUUGCGCUUUUGCGUGAAUCAACGUUAUCGGCUUCCAAAAGAACGUGUUACGGCGUAGACGUUCCUAAGCAAAUUUGAGCACUCUUAAAGCGAUUUCUACAAAACAGAUAUUUUGAUAUAAAUAUUCUACAUUUGAUGUGUUACACAUCGGCGUUUGUAGGAAGUUUAUAGAUGCUGUACAAUUAGCCAACACGUUGAAUUGAAGACGCUUCAAUGUGGUUACAAUAGAUUGAGGCGAAAAUAUAUCUUGGUUUCAGGAUGGAACAGACGCGCAAUCAAUAUAUUAAUCUAACACACUAACAUAAUCUCUGCAAGAGAUGAAAUGCAAAUUAAGUUAGCAGUCGUUGAAAACUAUUUAAGGUUGUACUUCACCGUCAAACCGUUUUAUCUAGGACCUUAUUAUUUUAGAGAAACUCAUUAUUUUACUGGAAACCUACUUUGAGGAACAUCGCUCUUGCAUCGCUAGGCAUAGAGUGACUUCGCGUUUGUUGAACAGGUGACCAACAACCGCGCAGCAGCGUCCUACCAUCAUUACGCUUUCAAUCGCCUUUUAAGAAACAAACAUUCCAGUGAAUUAGGACUUUCGACAACUCAGGACCCUUCUGGAAUCAACUGAUCUUACAGUAGUAGGUUUAUUCGAACAAGUUGAAUUCACUCGAUCACCUAAAAAGGUCCGAUAAAUUCCCAGAUUUUCCUUUUUUUGUCGAUCUUUUUUGUCGAUUAUUCCUCUUUCAGGCAAAAACUUCUCCUCCGGGAUUUGAGACCGGGCCUUGUUAACUUAAAAGGCUUCAAUUUCCGGACUGGCCUAUAGCCUUUGAACACAAAAAAUCAUUCCGAAGCAGCUGUUAAUACCAAACAACGCGCCAGUAUUUCCCUUUUUUUUCGUAUUCAGAAAUCAAAACUAUUACACGAAAUUGGCAACUCGUAGGAUUAUAACUCAACCCCGUACCACAUGAUGCGCACACUGUUAAGAUGAUAGCGAUAUCGCGGAAGUCAUUUCAAGCGGAAUCACCAGCGACACCUACAUAAUUUUAAGCGUUUAUGUUGUUUUUAAUCGCUACAUACAUUACGUACGCGUCCGCGUGCACGCAGAAUCAACUAAUGUUAGCAAAAUACCACACUCUUUUAGCAGUUAUGUUUUUACCACUGCCUCACUUUGUAGACGCAAUUGCAGAAGUCUCUUAAAAGCCUCUUCUAAGGAAAUAGCCACCUGAUUCAGGUUUUCACAGCCCUCGGCACAGAGCGAAUUCGGAAGCAUACAGAGCUUGCAGCAGUCUCGAAGAAAUUUCUCAUCGAGUGUCGCGUGCCCAUGAGAGUGACAAUGACGACCGCUAGGGACAGAUUGCUUCUGCACCUAUGAAUACUCAAAAGGGGAGGACACUCACAGACGGAAAGCUCAUUGUUUCAAUUAGAUUGCAAAAAAAAACUUGUUGCAAGAACAGGUCAUUGACUGCAUUCGGAUUAGGCCUAGCUAACCACACCUGAAGCUUAUUUCGGCUUACCUUAAGUCGGCCUCAAUAUACGACAAGUCACGACAGUGAAAUUAGAAUUAAUAAAAUUUCGUUGACCAUCAUAGCAAUCGUUGAUUCCGAAAGCUUACAUUUUAUAAUCAGGAUCAGAGUCAUAGA